UCAUGCGCAAGAAGGGAGCGACGGCUAAUGUUUCUCUACAUCUCUAGAUCUAUAGUCUCUAUAUAGAUCUACAUACAUAAUAGAUCAAUAGAUCUAGAUCUAGAUCUAGUAUUUAUUAUUAGAUCUCUACAAGGCAAACAAACUUUACAUGAGUAUUGAAAAAUCUCCCCUGGAGUAUUCUCACUAACUCACCAAAGUUUCAUGCCGAUCAGAUGUAGCUGGCUUCACUAAAAACAACUGCAUCAACACCAUAUGAGCCAACAUAUCUUAACAACUAUGGUGUUUUCUGAUAUUAAAGUCAAGACCUGAUUAGUGGACAACCGGAUUAUAAAAAACUACGUCUAAAAUUAGAUCAAAAAAACAAACAGAUGACUGGACGUUUACCUUGGGAUCCAAUGAAGACUAAGAACUAUUAUAUGAUCUUAGUGCUUGUGGCUGUUUCAACAGUGUCAUUAUGGAUUCUUGCUUCACCAUCUCCAAACUUGCAAACAAUUGUAAGCAAAACACAGUCUGGAAUUAUGCGAGCCUCCAAUAUACAAAUAAGAGAAAGAGAGUUAACAGUUGAUCCGAUGUACUUAAGACAGUUAGGAUUAACUGACAAUAUUCAUAAAAGAAAUGAUAAUGGCCCUGUUUACCAAAAUGUCAACACAGAAUCACCUGUGGAAAUUCCACUGACUCCAAAAACUAGCACUGGUGUCCCUGUCAUUGCAAGUGGGGUUAAGCCUGACUUAUUUAAAGAAUCAGCUAUACUUAUGAAGUCAAUACAGUCUUUAUUGCCUCAGUAUAAAACAGUUAUGUAUGAUUUUGGAUUAUCAGCAGCUGAACAGUCACUGCUUAGUCAAUAUUGCAAUAGUACAUGGAAUUGUGAGACUCGUUUGUUCAAAUUUGAAAAGUAUCCUUCUCAUCUGAAAUACUUGAAUAUUCGAAGCUAUAGACCUAUCUGCAUACAGGAAAUGCUGAACAUGUAUGGUGCUGUGAUCUGGGUGGAUGAUGGGUUUUAUUUUGUUGAGAAUAAUUUGACCUCCGUGCUAGAACAAGCCAAGUUAUCUGGUAUCCAGGGAUGGCCAUUGAAGGAUCCUACCUCAUCUUUUACUCAUCCAAAAAUGUUCAAGUUUUUUAACAUGAAUCAAAAUUCUUAUUUUUUCCAGCAUGCAGUUGAAACGUCCCAUCUGAUUAUCUACAAUACUGAAUCAGUUGCCAAAGAAAUAAUGCUACCUUGGGUGAAAUGUGCUUUGCUUGAGGAAUGCAUCAGUCCACCUGGUGCACAGAACUCUGGCUGUAAUUACUUUAGAAAGCCCUUGUUUAGGUACACAGGCUGUCACAGAUAUGAUAUGUCAUCUCUGAACAUUAUUUUAGGAUUAGCCUUUAAAUUUGAUGAGUUGCCCUACACAAGCAAGGCUACUGUGUUUGGGAGUUUAUUAGAUGACCAACUUCGAGCUGAAAAUAAAACUAGACCUGAAAAUGAAAUUCAUUUAGCAAUGAGUCAACAAAUAAAGAUGUGAAUUGGUUCUUGAUGAAGCUACUCUCAUUGUUCAUGUCACUUGGAUGUUUAACAACUUUUUUUUUAUAGCCAAGCCAUUUGAUUCUCUUCCAUGCUUGUACUAAACUAUGUUGUGCUGUCUAGCUUAGGAUUUUUAAUAAUAUUUUUGGGAUGUGCAAAUAUUGUUAAACUCUUUAUUUUAAAAUGUUUAACCCUCUUGAGUGUGUAAAUCAUUAGUGGUAUGUGGUUAUUGAAUUGGUUGUGUUUUCUCUCAGUGAAGCAUAUUUAUUUUUGCAUACAAUUGCUCCAACCUUGUUCCUCCUACAAGAUUGCUUUGUGCCCCUUGAUAACUACCAUCCUGUCUACUCUACACCCUCUUCUAUAUUGUUCCCUCUAUAUCCAUUAAAAAAAUGUAUUUGUAAAAUGGUAGUGUAGUAAGGCCUUGAUAACUACCAUCCUGUCUACUCUAUACCCUCUUCUAUAUUGUUCCCUCUAUAUCCAUUAAAAAAAUGUAUUUGUAAAAUGGUAUUGUAGUAAGGCCUUGAUAACUACCAUCCUGUCUACUCUACACCCUCUUCUAUAUUGUUCCCUCUAUAUCCAUUAAAAAAAUGUAUUUGUAAAAUGGUAGUGUAGUAAGGCCUUGAUAACUACCAUCCUGUCUACUCUAUACCCUCUUCUAUAUUGUUCCCUCUAUAUCCAUUAAAAAAAUGUAUUUGUAAAAUGGUAGUGUAGUAAGGCCUUGAUAACUACCAUCCUGUCUACUCUAUACCCUCUUCUAUAUUGUUCCCUCUAUAUCCAUUAAAAAAUGAAUUUGUAAAAUGGUAGUGUAGUAAGGCCUUGAUAACUACCAUCCUGUCUACUCUAUACCCUCUUCUAUACUGUUCCCUCUAUAUCCAUUAAAAAAAUGUAUUUGUAAAAUGGUAGUGUAGUAAGGCCUUGAUAACUACCAUCCUGUCUACUCUACACCCUCUUCUAUAUUGUUCCCUCUAUAUCCAUUAAAAAAAUGUAUUUGUAAAAUGGUAGUGUAGUAAGGCCUUGAUAACUACCAUCCUGUCUACUCUAUACCCUCUUCUAUACUGUUCCCUCUAUAUCCAUUAAAAAAAUGUAUUUGUAAAAUGGUAUUGUAGUAAGGCCUUGAUAACUACCAUCCUGUCUACUCUAUACCCUCUUCUAUACUGUUCCCUCUAUAUCCAUUAAAAAAAUGUAUUUGUAAAAUGGAAGUGUAGUAAGGCCAGAUAGGCACAAUGCUGAUCUUGUAGGUGUAAAAACGUUCCUUUAAAGUAAUAUGUACAAAAGACAAACAUAUUAGCACUCAUAUGACUAUUAUUUGUGCAUGUUCCAUAGUGAUAUACUUCCACAGAUAACUAACCACAGAUGGUCUAGUGUUGACCUAUUGCAUUCAUACUGUUCUAAACAUAGGCUCUUUUAUUUAUUGAUGUUAGCAAUUUAAAUAUGUAUGUUAUUGUAUUUUAACUUAUUCUAAUGAAUCUAUUGAUCUUCUGAGUACUAAACAUAAUAGAGGUUUUACUUGAUUGGCUGUAAAUGUCAAAAGUAAAAUUUAUUUUAAAUAUUUUUCUAUACAAUUUUGUUUUUCAAACAAUAUUUUAAGACAAAUGUGUAGUGCCAUGCAAAAGAAAAGAGCAUGUAUAUUGUGAUUUGAAUGUUUUUGUUUUAAAGUAUCAAAAUGGAAACUCUAAGGAACUUUUUGAUAUUAAUUGUAAAGAGGUCAAGCAACAUUUUUUUUUUUUUGUAUUUUGUAA